CCACCAAGUGACGUGAGCGUCCACUCCGAGCUCACGGUCCGCAGGUUUCCAUCUUCCGCAAUCUGCUGUGAUGGCUGCCUCGGUCCCUGCCGCCGUUUCCCUCUCCCCACUGCUGUCUAUUCUCCUGGGCCUGCUGCUCCUCUCUGCUCCGCCUGGCGGCAGCGGCCUGCACACGAAGGGCGCCCUUCCCUUGGACACAAUCACUUUCUAUAAGGUCAUCCCCAAAAGCAAGUUCGUCUUGGUGAAGUUCGACACCCAGUAUCCCUAUGGUGAGAAGCAGGACGAGUUCAAGCGGCUGGCUGAAAAUUCGGCCUCCAGCGAUGAUCUCUUGGUGGCAGAGGUGGGGAUCUCAGACUACGGUGACAAGCUGAACAUGGAGCUAAGUGAAAAAUAUAAGCUGGACAAAGAGAACUACCCAGUAUUCUACCUCUUCCGGGAUGGGGACUUUGAGAACCCUAUCCCAUACAGUGGGGCGAUUAAGGUCGGAGCCAUCCAGCGCUGGCUAAAGGGGCAGGGGGUCUACCUGGGCAUGCCUGGUUGCCUGCCUGCGUAUGAUGCCCUGGCAGGUGAGUUCAUCAAAGCCUCCAGCAUAGAGGCCCGCCAGGCCAUCUUGAAACAGGGGCAGGAUGGCCUCUCAGGUGUGAAGGAGACAGAGAAGAAGUGGGCCAGCCAGUACCUCAAGAUCAUGGGGAAGAUCUUGGACCACGGUGAGGACUUCCCAGCCUCAGAAACGAAUCGGAUUGGCAAGCUGAUUGAGAACAAGAUGAGUGACAGCAAGAAGGAAGAACUGCAGAAGAGCUUAAACAUCCUGACUGCCUUCCGGAAGAAGGGGGCUGAGAAGGAGGAGCUGUGACAGGGUUUGCUGGGGGCAGGAAGAGGAGAGCCACCUGCUGGCUGUGAGGCCCCUGUGGGGUAUAAGGGGUGGUGGAACAAAGCAGUCCUGAACCAGAAACCUGAGCUCUGAGUACUCCCGGACAUUGAUGCUGCUGAGACCAUACAUAGGACAUCCCCUGAGCCAGUGUGUGGAACUGUGCGCUCAGUCAAGGCUAGUGAGAUGCCCCCAAAGAGGAAUUGGUGCUACAGAGAAGUUCAUUCUGAACAAAUAAAGGUCUGUUUUGGUUAGGUG